CCCAAUGAGAUCCAAAACUCGAGUACAAAAAUUUAAUAUGAUGGCUCUGCUUGUGGUGCCAACUCCAAGCCAUCUUUAAUGAAGAACCUCCUCCAAAAAUACUCAACCCUCGACGUGGCUCCUGCACAUUUCACAUAGCUAGUCCACCAUAUCCUAUGGCCUUGAUUUAGUUCAUGGCUGCAGAGUAGGACCCCCAGCAACAUCAUACAGAAAACUAUCUUCCUCUUAUCUCCUGAAGAGAUGAGGUGAAUCCAUCAUUUGGAUUUCUUGUGCUUUGUUGGCCCUUCGCUCAGAUAUCUGUAGAUAACAGUCGCUCUCUCUGUUUUCUGCUAUAAAGUUGACAAAUAUCUCAUUUUCCCUUCCCCUGCACAUUUCCUAUUUGUUUGCUUGCUCUCUAUAUUCAUCGUUUGCUUCUUUUGGCCCGCUUUGUUUUUGUCCACUUUCUGUUUUCAAAAGGAAAUAUGUACAGUAAUAACCACCGUUUUGUUCCUUGUUUGCAUUGUAACCCGCAUAGCUACAUUAGGAUGGUUCAGCAUCUUAUAGAGAGAUGUUUGCUCCUUCGUAUGAACAUGGAGCAAUGUGUUAAGGCACUAGCAGAGCAUGCCAGCAUUAGGCCAGGCAUUACCCUCACAGUGUUGAAAGAGCUGCAAAAAGAGAAUAGGGACUUCUUUCAAGCAUAUUUCCUUGCUAUUUCUCCCAGGCCCUUCAUCAUGACUGGAAGACACAUUCAAAGGACAUCAAGACUAACAAGAAAGAAACAGUACUGGAAGUGAAUGGAAAUCAAGUAAAGAAAAAAUAUCGUUGCAAAAUCAUCUUGUAGCUAUAGUUGUAACUUUUAGGUGAUAUAUAUAGUUUAGUUUGAACCUUGAAACAAUGCUAUGGGUAUUUUCAGCUACUAAUAAUUUGGAAAUGAGAAUAAAGUCAACUUGCAUAA